UCCGGCGCGCGUUUCCGGUUUCCGCCCGCGGGCUAGGGGGCGGGCCUGAGCAUUGGUGAGAGUUCCGUAGUUGCGGUGGGGCGUGCGAGUAGGCUGAAGCUCGGAAACAAGCUCCCAUCCCUCUGUUGGAAACCUUUAAGUCCCAGGAUGAGUUUGCAGUGGACUGCAGUUGCCACCUUCCUCUACGCAGAGGUCUUUGCUGUGUUGCUUCUCUGCAUUCCCUUCAUUUCUCCCAAAAGAUGGCAGAAGGUUUUUAAAUCCCGGCUGGUCGAGUUGGUAGUGACCUACGGCAACACUUUCUUUGUGGUUCUCAUCGUCAUCCUUGUACUGUUGGUUAUUGAUGCUGUAAGAGAGAUCCUGAAAUACGAUGAUGUGACAGAAAAGGUGAACCUCCAGAACAAUCCAGGUGCCAUGGAGCACUUCCACAUGAAGCUUUUCCGUGCUCAGAGGAAUCUCUAUAUUGCUGGCUUUUCCUUGCUGCUGUCCUUCCUGCUUAGACGCCUGGUGACUCUCAUCUCCCAGCAGGCCACACUGCUGGCCUCCAAUGAAGCCUUUAAAAAGCAGGCAGAAAGUGCCAGUGAGGCGGCCAAGAAAUACAUGGAGGAGAAUGAUCAGCUAAAGAAGGGAGCUGCCGAGGAUGGAGACAAGUUGGAUAUUGGGAAUACUGAAAUGAAGUUAGAGGAGAACAAGAGCCUGAAGAAUGACCUGAGGAAGCUAAAAGAUGAGCUGGCUGGCACCAAGAAAAAACUUGAGAAAGCUGAAAACGAGGCUCUGGCUAUGCAGAAGCAGUCUGAGGGCCUUACCAAAGAAUAUGACCGCCUGCUGGAAGAGCAUGCCAAACUGCAGGCAUCAGUACGUGCUCCCUCAGUCAAGAAGGAGGAGUAAAGGCUUGGUGUUUCCCUGCCUGCCGCUGGCUUCUACCUGAUCCAUGCUUACUGCUUCCUUGGAGCCCAGACUAUCCCUCUGGUACUUGGGUUUAUUCCCUACUUCCCCAAUUUUCUUCCAUGGCUUAUAGAUCAUUAUUUUGGCACCAUUACACAUACUGCUCUUAUACCAAAAGGGACCUGAUUGUUGUUUAUUCAGAGUACUUUUGCCACUGUUCUGCCUGGCUAGGGCACUUUCCACUCCUGGAAGUGUGAAGAGCACUGGUGACCUGGCCCACAGUUUGAACCCCUUUUUAUUUUGCAAUGUAUCCUAAAGGAGGCUGCUGUGAAGCAGGUCAACUGUUUUAUCCUGAGGGGAAUAAAUGUUGUUAUGUUAUAA